AUGCCUUGCAGCGGGGCAAGCAGCACGGAGCGCGCCAUGGACAGAUGGUGCCACAUUAGCUGUGGAAGUGAGCGGGAGCAUUGCUGGAAGAAAUGGGAGAGAAAUGGCUGGUAUUCGGAAGAGAAGGGGACAAGGAAUGAAGGUGUUGGUGCUGGACCCAAAGGAGACAACAUUUAUGAAUGGAGGUCAACUAUACUGGGGCCUCCAGGGUCAGUAUAUGAAGGUGGAGUUUUCUUCCUUGACAUUACCUUUUCACCGGACUAUCCUUUUAAACCACCUAAGGUAACAUUUCGGACAAGAAUCUACCACUGUAAUAUUAACAGCCAAGGUGUCAUCUGCCUGGACAUUUUAAAAGACAACUGGAGCCCAGCAUUAACCAUUUCUAAAGUUCUCCUCUCCAUCUGCUCCCUCCUCACAGACUGCAACCCGG